AUGUUCAAUUUGAUUUGCAAAAUUUUACCGAUAAAAGUGGUCACUACGGCCAGACCCGAAAUGCCCGCUAUCCCACGAAUGCGCAUCAUCUUUUAUAUUACACUAAACCUGAAGAUCAGGGGCGCCGUCGAAGUGAACGAAUCGGCCGAUAAUUUUGACCAAAAUUAUGUCAAACCCGAAGAGUUUGUUAAUUACAACCGGGUUUGGGAUGCAAAAGAUUACGCACACUAUUAUCCCCGCGAAGUAUACGUUAUGACAAAUAUGGCCAUCACUGGCAACCAGACACUGGCCGCGUGUCCCGAUCACCCCCGGGUUAAUAAGGCUUUGUGUAAACCGGGCGAUAAAACCCACUGUCAAUACGGCCGGCAAACUCCGUUUGGUGUUCAAACGGGCAAAUGUGUGCCUGCUGAUUUUCCUACACAGAAAAAUACAUCAGGCUCAAUUGUUUGGGAUUAUGAACACACGUGCGAGAUUAAGGGCUGGUGUCCAGUGGACCGAAUACUGCCCCCAUUAAAACAUGAUCGCCCAGUGCUCGGCUCGACCAACACCUCUACGCUAUGGAUAAAAAACUCGGUGGUAUUUCCCGAUAGGGUUUACUCACAUAACGAUAUAUUUAACGGAAAUAUAUUGGUUAACAAUCGGAUCAAUGAGAACAGCGAUAAUAACGUUAUGUUAAUUGACUUUGAAUAUUCCCGACACUUCUACCGUGGUCAUGAUUUGGGAUUUUUUAUCAAUGAGUUCGGGAGAGACAGCAAUUUCUUUGAUCGCAAAGACCUGCCUCUGGCCGACGAUCAGUGGAUCCAAACAUUUUUGGGCCACUAUUUGGACAAAUCGGUGAAAAUUCGGGGCAAAGAGUUCGCUGAAAAACCCAAGAAUUCAAUGCAUGUUCUCUUAACUCACAACGACCCAGGGGGAAAAUGCAUCCCCCUCCAUUAA